GUUGGUGACCACGUCAUCAGUGCGCGACGCCGACGAGAAGCUUGUUGAUGAAAUAAGUCAAAUGAAAAGCUGUGUCAGGAGAACGUUGUUAUGAUGGCGGUGUCGUGUCUCACUCGAGCCCUGCGCUCCCUGACUCUCUCCCAGCCUGCUCUGCUCUCCUCGCAGGCUAUUGCACAGACCAGGCUGGGAGCUCAGGUGCCCACGGCGGUCGGACAGUGCAGGGGCUUCCUCACCACAGCCUGUCUGGAGCAGAACAGGACAUUUUGGAAGCAGAGGGAGAAGUACACCACCAGGCCUAUGGGGAUGAAAAAGACAGGAGGCAGAGACCACUCAGGAAGGAUACGGACACACGGCAUCGGUGGAGGCCAUAAACAAAAAUACAGGUGGAUCGACUUUCAGCGACUGCGCUACGAACCCAACAAUGAGGCGCGGCCCUUUGAAGAGAAGGUGGUAGAAGUGCGAUACGACCCAUGCAGGUCCGCUGACAUCGCCCUGGUAGCUGGAGGCAGCCGGAAAAGAUGGAUUAUUGCCACGGAGAACAUGCAGGCCGGAGACAUCAUUAAAACAUCUGGAGUUAUUGGACGCAUGGCAGUCUCGGCCAAUGAGGGUGAUGCGUACCCACUGGGAGCUCUUCCUGUGGGGACACUGGUGAACAGCCUGGAGAUACAACCAGGGAAGGGGUCAGAGUACAUCCGUGCUGCAGGCACAAGUGGCAUUUUACUCCGUAAAGUAAACGGAACGGCAAUCAUUCAGCUUCCUUCGAAGCAGCAGGUUCAGGUAUUGGAGACCUGCAUGGUGACGGUGGGACGCGUGUCCAACAUCGACCACAAUAAACGGAUCAUCGGCAAAGCCGGGCGCAACCGCUGGCUCGGCAUCCGCCCCUCAAGCGGCCUGUGGCAGAGAAAGGGAGGCUGGGCAGGACGCAAGAUCAAACCGCUGCCGCCGAUGAAGGUUUACGUCAACCUGCCCUCAAUCUCAGCCAAGUAACACACAGUGUCGACUCUUGUUUGACCCUUGUAAUGUUGACAUGAAUAAAGAUGAGCCGUUUGUA